AUGACAGAAAAUAAAAUUUUAUUAGCAAAAGGUGCGAGUAACAAUUUUAAAGAUUUACUUAUAAUCGACAGUUUUAAAUUCAGAAAAGUUUAUGAAAGUAUAUCUGGUAAUGUAACUUGGCGUUGUACAAUGAAAUCGUGUUUAGCAAGAAUAAUUAAAAAUGGAAAUGUAACUGUAAGUAGCAAUUUAAAUCAUAACCAUAAUACUGAUGAAAAAAAAUUAAAUCGUCAAAUUAUUCGAAGUGCGUGUAAAAAAAGAGCCAAAGACAUGACUGAUCGUCCAAUUAAAAUUAUACGUUCUGAAAUUACAAAGAAUAAUUUUGACACGUUAGAUUACGGUGACGUUAAAUUAAUUCGUGACAGAAUGUACCCGUGUAGAAACACACAAACAAAUAUUCCAAAAAAUAUUGUUGAAGUUCAAGAAUUUUUAGUAUCGAAUAAUAUGUUAUCAUCUAAAGGAGAAUCAAUGAUUGCAGCAAAUGACAUAGAAAAAAAUAUUGUAAUUUUUACGUGUACCACAAAUUUGCAAUUUUUAAGUUUGGUUAAUACUAUAUACGUCGAUGGUACAUUUACUUAUUGCACAAAAUUUUUUUGUCAACUUUUCACAAUUCAUGGAUUUUAUAAUAAUCAUUACAUACCUCUAGUGUUUUGUUUGUUACCAUCAAAAUGUUGUGACGUCUUCAUAGAAUAUGUAUUCGAAAAUAUAAAACGUUUAUGUUCAAAUUUAAACUUUGAGUUUUGUCCAGUUGAAAUAUAUUCUGACUUUGAAAAAAGCAUUUUAAACUCUGCAUCUAAUAUUUGGCCGGAUAUAAAACUUUCCACCUGCAGAUUUCACUUGGGGCAAUGUUGGUACAGAAAAAUUCAAAGUCUUGGAUUAACUAAUAUGUAUAAAUCUAAUAGUCCAGAAGGAAAAUGGUUACAAUAUUGUUUCGGUCUUCCUUUUUUACAUCCACAAGAAGUAUCAGAUUGCUUUUUGGAACUAAUGUCUGAAAUUCCAGCAGAAAAAAAAAUACAAUCAUUUGCUGAUUAUUUAGUUGAAAAUUUCGUAAGCGAAGAUAGUCUAUUUCCCCCUGAAUUAUGGGCAAAAGGUUGUAAUAAUCUAACACAGACAACAAACGCAUGUGAAUCAUUUCAUAAACAUUUUAAUUCAUAUUUUUUUAACGCUCAUCCAUCAAUCAUAAAAUUUGUGGAAGUUCUAAUAGAAUUUCAAACAGAUACAUAUUUAAAAAUAAAUCUUGCUAAAACAACAAUAAAACAAAUAAAAAAUAAAGCAGUUAUAAAAAAACACCAGGUUAUCAACGAAUUAAGAGAUACAUCAACAUCAACAAUUAUCUUCAUAAAAAAUAUAAGUAACAAAGUCAAAGUAACGCGAAAAAUUUUAAUUUUAUUUUAUUAA